CUAAAAGUCACACGGCUCGACGUGGAAAAGGACCACCGGCGGCGGAACCGCAGGCACGCCGUCGACGGCCCGAUAUCCGAUGAAAUCGUUUGGUGUGCGGUCCGUUCGACACGCUCCGCGUCGAGCUUCUCGAGGAAUGACAGCUGAAGCCAUUAGUACCGCCUUUUACAGGGCUGCUCAGCCAAUCACAGCUGACGUCGUGUUUGUCGCGCGUGUGCGUACGUCACUCGGAUGAGCAGCUCAUUUCUCACAAGCUCGCAGGAGUGUGAAGAUGGCGCUUGUGUGCGGGCCGUUGGAUAAGCUGUUUUUACACACACACAGGUGAAUGAAGCGCAAGUUUGUCGGGCUAUACGCUCUCGAGACUCACAAGUGUCCUUGUCUCACAACAACCACUCGGUUAGACACGAGGCAGCUGGUAACUAGUGCCGAGACAAAAUAGCGCGAGCUAAGGUCCAGCUGGGACUUGGUCAAGACCAAAAGCAGGUACGCUGGAACUGCUCAUGUUGUUUUGCUCUUUCUCUCCCGGUUUACACAAAAAACAGAGACCGGAGUUGACAGGGAAAGUCAGUAAAGUUGUGCUCCUUCUGAGCAAGUUAAAGUGCAGGAGGUCUCCUCCUGACGACCUCCUCAUGGUUCAGCUAUGGAUGUGCCGACCGACUCGACCACGGGACUCGAUCCCUGUCAUAAGAAAACACUUGUAGCCGCUGGCGUUGUAGCUCCUCUCCCAAAUCAGCAGCAGAGUAAAGUGGGCUCGCUCUCUGCACAGACUUUCAAUGGGAGCCCGACGAUGAUGAACUCUCACGUUUCAGGAAGUGCUGCCCCCGUGCCGAGUCCAGCUGUCAACACAAGCAGCCAGACGGCUAUAAGCAUGCAGAACAACAGCCAGACAACCAAUUCUGUGUCGCACAUCAUCAAGGCAGAGGCUCCCACCACAAUCCUCCACUCAGCUCCACAGCAGCCUCUGUCUCCUCAUGCUGUCUCAGCUCCACGGGCUCCAGUAGUUGGUGGUCUCGGUGGAAUCCGACCCCCCACAUCACAGAUGUUGGUGCCAAGGCUGUCCCAGAACACCCCGGGACAACCCAGUGUACAUAACAUCCAGAUCCCCCCAGGGAUGGUGCUUGUUCGUAGUGAGAGUGGACAGCUGCUGCUGAUUCCUCAGCAGACUCUGGCCCAGAUGCAAGCACAAGCACAGGGAAGCGUGGCACCACGGACGAUGACACCAACAAACAUGCCUCCAAGCCAAAUCCCAGGAAACUCCAUUGUCAAUAGACAAGUGGCCCCCAGCACCAUUAUCCGGCAGGGUUGUCCAAACCCAACAUCAAUGAAUGCUACCACAACUCUUCACAGGCCACCUCUUCUUCAGAGCUCAGUCGAGUCUGCUGUACCUGGAAUGACUCCCAGGACAGUCACCCAAUCAGCUGGGACCACAGUUACCGCGGUAACAGUGAGCAAAGAGACGAUGGAGAAUGUGAAGAAAUGCAAGAACUUCCUUUCUACUUUAAUUAAGUUGGCAUCCACAGAGAAGCAGUCGGUGGAGACUGCAGCCAUUGUGAGAGAACUGGUCAAGGACCUGCUGGAGAGCAAACUGGAAGCUGAGGAAUUCACCAGCAGACUGUACAAAGAGCUGAACUCCUCACCUCAACCUUACCUCGUGCCUUUUCUCAAGAGAAGCCUUCCAGCCUUAAGGCAGCUUACUCCUGAUGCAGCAGCCUUCAUCCAGCAGAGCCAGCUCUCCCAGCCAACCCCAGGUCCAAUCUGCUGCAUCUCACCCACCCCCAACACUGUGGUCCUGAGCAGCCCAGGCCCUCGCCUCACUACCACACUGAGCAGGCCUCAGCUACAACCAGGCAUCAACAAGACAGGGCUGACCUCCUCACUGGUUCUGCAGGCUCAGCAGCAGAGAGCAAUGUUGAGACCUCAGGUAACUCUGCCAACAACCCCCAUGGUGACGCUCAGGAAUCAGGCCCCUGGUUGCAUCAUGCUAGGGCAGCCACAGGUGCAGUUUAAACAACUGCAACCAGCUCCUGUGGUGAGGCCAGAGGUGCUUCCAUUUUCUAAACAAAUCUCUGUUGCUUCCUUGUCACUGGCUCAAAAGAACAAACUGAAGGAAGCAGGAGGCACUUUCAAAGAUGAUGAUAAUGUUAAUGAUGUGGCCUCCAUGGCCGGAGUGAACCUAUUGGAGGAAAGCGCUCAUAUCCUGGCAACCAAUUCGGAACUAGUUGGAGCAGUGACACAUUCCUGUAAAGAUGAGGCAUUUCUUUCCCUCGCAAUGUUGCAAAGGAGAAUGCUGGAGAUAGGUAGGAGGUUUGGGGUGACCGAUCUAGAUGUUGAUGUGGUAAACUAUGUCUCCCACGCUACUCAGCAUUGGCUACAGGACCUGUUGGAAAGGGUUUCCCUAAUGGCCCAGCAGAAGAACUUCAAUUUCAAGGAUGAUGAGUCCUAUGAGCAGAGCAGUGAUGUUCGUGCCCAGCUUAAGUUUUUUGAGCAUCUGGAUCAGUUGGAGAAACAACGGAAGGAAGAACAGGAGCGAGAGAUCCUCUUAAAAGCUGCUAAGUCUCGAGCUCGUCAAGAAGACCCAGAGCAGCUACGUCUGAAACAGAAGGCGAAAGAGAUGCAGCAACAGGAGCUGGCUCAGAUGAGACAGAGGGAGGCCAACCUGACUGCUCUGGCAGCCAUCGGACCCAGAAAGAAGAGGAAGAUUGUAGAUUCUCCCUCCUCUGCUGCAGCAGAGGGAUCAGGGACCUCCUCUUUGUCCUGUGGGAUGGCCUCCUCCAGCACCAGAUCCACGCGGCAGCGCAUCACACGCGUCAAUCUCAGGGACUUGCUCUCCUGUCUGGAGAACGAGAGGUUUACCAGUCGCUCUCACUUCCUCUACAAGGGCUUUCUCAAAUAGGCUUGAUGUAAGGGAGGGGAAAUUGAAGUGUGUGUGGAGAGACAAAUCGCUCCCACAGCAAAGGCAGCAUGAGAGACUCCUAGUAUAAGGAAAGGAGGAGAGCAGUGACUGGGCACACAUUUCACGGUUCUCCAGAUAAACCAAUAAUCUGAAAUACAGUAGCAGUUGUACUGGACGGCUCUCUGCCUCCCUCCUCAAAAAAAAAAAGCCUGGCUGUUUGUCUUUACUCAAGUUUUGGAUUAAUAACAUUUUAUUUAAUUUGUUAAAAAAAAUACUUUUGAAGAAUGUGCAGAAACAAGUUUUAUGAGGAAGGGUUUUUGUAUGAACAAAUAAUUAUGCACUGUAACGCCGUACAGCUUAUUUUAUUAUUCAGGCCAUGAAAAUCAGCUUAUUAGUUUUAAUAGAUUGUGAUUUUUGUUACUCGGCUGAUUUAGUUUGAAGUUCAAACUGUGUAACCUACUGACUUGCCUUCCAAGGGGGGGAAAAAGAAGCCAUACAGCGAUUAGCUUCAGUGUAACGUGAAGCGUAACCUUCGUGUCUGUCGCACUACUUGAUUUCAGAGCUCAUAUUUAUUUACUAAACACAAGCUUAAAUUAAUGUUUAGUUAUUUAUUUAAUUUCACACAACACCUCAGUAGUUUAGUGUAGCUCAAAUUCAAAUCAUAAAGCACACAGUUAAUUGUAUGGGGCAUGUUCAGAAAUCUCACGUGUGUGUGGGGGGGGGGGGGGGGGGGGGUUAAGUGUGUGAAGAGACGUGUUAUGUCAUUGUCAUUUGUUUUGUUAAUUGGUUUGAAAAUACUUUUAAGCUGUCUUGUGCUAACAAACAUUCAUCUUCCUGAAAUGGAUUAAUUCUGUAACUGCCCCCAUCACAGGAUUUUACUGUUCCGUGAUGACUGACGGUGUCCCCUGUUCAUUUCACUGCCUGCUUAUACUUUUUUUUUUUUGGUGUACUACUGAGCAGGCUUUAGCUUUUAGACUGGAGAUAUUCCUGUACAUAUGUAAAUGUUACAACUAAAGUUUUACACAUGGUUUUGUAUAGAAUUGAGAAUUUAUCCAAUCAUCAAAUGAAAAAACACAUUUUCUUUAUUGAAAAGUUUGAAUAAAUGAGAAUUUUACA